UCGCCUUCGGAGCCAGUAUCAGAGCAGGGUUUCCCACCAGCUCCAGGACCCAAGCCGUAACCAUUGCUAGUUUAGGGGUCGAAAAUGCCUUCUUCCGGUCAGCCCAAGGACAUGGUACCAAACAUACCACACCCGGAGCUUAAGCUGCCGUCUCCGAGCUAUAGCUACGACUUCCGCAUGUCGGUAGACCUCAACCCGAAGGUGGCCGUCGGCAGGGUGCCGUCAGGAGGCGUAAGGAAUUGGAUCUCGUUCUCCGGGGGCAACUGGGCGGCCACAUGGGGUUCAGGGACGGUACUACCCGGCGGCCAAGACUCACAGGUCGUGGACCCUGAAACAUAUAUUGUGCAUAUGGAAACGAUGUACCUGUUAAAGACGAACGACGAGGAGCCGGCUUACAUCGAGAUUCGGACGCGUGGGUUCCGUACCGGCCCCAAAGAGGUUCUGGAGGCCCUUCAAGACCCGGAGAAGGCGAAUGACGUUGAUCCUUCGAGUUAUAGCUUCCGGCUGUUCGUGCAAAUGGAGACCGGCGACAAGCGGUAUCAAGACAAGGUGAACUACGGAAUGUGGGUGGGAAGCGGCAUGAGAAAGGGAGCUCAGGUCAUCUAUGACGCAUAUCGCGUUACUUGAUGCUAGGCUAUAGGCAGCCUUCACGCUCUCGUAUUACAUUAGUUAGUACAAGGCCUCCAAGCGACGUGAUGGAUGUACCAAACAGUGGAGUAUCUUGAUGGAUGAGG